GUCUCUUAGUAACGGCCUGUUGACGUCUUGUGUGGCGAGAAACGUGAACAAGCGUUUAAUCGUGAACCGUAAAUAUUUUACUCAGAUAAUAUAAUUUAACCACCAGGAAUAUUUUGGCCAUAAAAUCUUCUUCAUCGGGAUGAUCAAGUUUAUUCGGUGUAUCAAGUCAACAAUUAAACGUGGCAACGAAGGGCAGGAUAAAGUUGGAGCCUGCAGUCGACAGCAACGGCAACUGCACAUCACGGACUUGCCGCCAGAGGUGCUGGCUCUCAUUUUCGAACAUUGCUUUUACGAUUUCUUGGCUAGACAAGUGAGGCUCGUGUGCAGACGAUUCCGUAACGACGCCACCUUAGUUCUCAAUUGCGGGUUCUUGACCUUGGGUCCCAAGAUUGAUCGAGCUAUGGUGGAUGCCGUGUCUCGUUUUGAAGAAAGUCGAACAUUGGAAGAACUUCUGGUAACGACUCGUCCUUUCAGAUCAGCUACGGUGGAAGACUUGCCUCGUAUAGGACAAGGUCGAACAAAUGAACAAGUGCUAAUGGACCAACAUUACAUUGCACUGAUGAUGAUGAAGUGGCGGUACCGUGUGUUGAGAUCCGUCACCUGGAGACACAUUUACAGCCCUUACUCCGGCUCUAGACAUCUGGCGUGCUUCUACGCCGGCAGUUUGCUGGACGACUUCCUCAGGUUCCUGCGAGUGGCCCGCCAUUGGCCAACCAAAUUGGGGUUAGCCAUGCUUAACCCAGAUUUGGAAAACGAAGUCUUCAAACUGAGUGUUCGGUGCUUGAUAUUCAUAUACCACUUCGAGAAAGGAACUGAGAAAUUUAAACGCGAUUAUUCCAUCUCUGGGGAAAUGCUUAUUAACCUUUGCCAUGGCUUGACAACGAAACAUGUCAGGAUGACCACACAUGAACAGGCGGUGACAGUCAAUGGGACGGAAUGCCACAUCGAGGCUUAUUAUAGGAUGCCUUUCACGUGGUUCAAUUGCCUACCCUCAUCUCAUGCUCAACCUAAUCAGUGGAGCGAAGAGCCGAGAUCGAUAUACCUGCGCAUGCGCCAACUAAUCGAUGGCAGGGACCAUUUCUUCCUGGAGAAGGUUCACCACGAAAAAGAACUGCUAAUUCGGAAAGGAGAAUAUAUGUUAAUAUUAAGAUACAUUGUACCCUCUCUUUACAACGCGUUUCACCAGAAUUAUGGCUAUUUAUUUUUUUAUGGACGCAUGGAUCGGUCUGCCUUCGACUGGAAUUUGCACGAAGAAAGAUCUGCAACCGUCCAGCUAUUCGAUUAUUUCAAUCUGGAUUUCUUUACUUCACAUAACAAAACUGAUACGUCUGACGGCGUAGUUAAUGUUCGAGAAUCCUCUAACAUGGACCUGAAUACUGACAUAGAACUUCGCUCACCGUUAAGACUGGCCCCAAUAAAAUUUUCUGAUAACUCUCUAUCAUACAUUUGGACGUCCGAUGUAAUCGUGAGCGGUUAUCGCGAGAUCCACUCUGAAUCAUGGAACUAAAUUCCUUUUGAAAAAUACUAUAAAUUGCUCUGCAUCUCUUGCAAACGGCCCAACUUCUACGUUUCAACAUAUUAUAAGCUCUAGCAAAAAAUGAUAAUCACAGAAGAUGGCUAUCUUCUAGGUAGUUGCCCCGUGUAGUAUGGUAUAUGUUUAACAACGUUUCAGAGGUCCUUGCUGCCUCCGUCAUCAGGGCGAUGAAUGUGCCAAUCGAGCGCAAAGAGCCAGGUCUAUGGGGACCGGACAGUAACCGGAGUAGCCUGAUCCUAGCCAAUGAGAGCAAAUCAGGCGUAGGUGGGGACCAAUAGGAGAGCGUGGGCGGGCCUAGCGGUGUACAUGCAUAGCCCUGAUGAUGGAGGCAGCAAGGACCUCUGAAACGUUGGUGGAAAUCUACGAGACUACACGGCGCAAUAGCCCAGAAGACAGCAAUCUUUAGACUCGCCGCUGUGAAAACCUCAAAUCCUGCAUGAUUAAUACAGUUUUCUUUACUCAAGUGUAUCUCAUUACUGAUUUCUUUGUUUAGCCCACUAUGACAGAAAUUCCUGUAACUAAAAUUUAAGCAGAGAGCAAAUAAACACAAAACAUGUUCACAAAGA